GCCGGGCUGAGCAAUGCUAGUCUCUGGUCGCUUAGAAUGAUCGAUGCCUGGGGCAAUAUACCAUCGGGCAUACUCUAUCUGAAUCGCAUGGAUAUUGGCAACUAUCGUGAGUGCAUAAAGAUUGAUCACGCCAUCAAUCCAGGCAGUUCAGUAGGUUCUCGUUCUGUGAAGGGCAAGCAUUGCUUUGCCGAGUUUCCAGUUGGCAAGCUUUUGGGCAUUCCAUUGGGUGCAGCCAACAUACGUAUUGGCAUUUGCGUGCCCUCCUCAUGCAAAGCAACGCACAUGGACCAAUUGCUCAAGCAGCUACUGCAGCAACUACUAAAUGAAACUUAUACCGAACAGAUAAUUCUGCCCAGCAGCUGCCGUGUCGCCGAGCGAGAGCCGUACGAUAGUCUCACUAUAUUUACAAUUGUGCUGUUGUCGGUUCUGGGCGCGUUGGUACUUCUAGCCACAUUGUACGAUUACUUGUUGCAACCAGCUGCAGCUGAAAACAAUUUACCAGCAUUGGUGCAUAUCUGGUCCAUGCGCGGCACCUCGCGCAGACUCUUCCACAUAAGCCAGUGCACGUCCAAUCCUAAUGUCAUUCACUGUCUCAAUGGCAUGCGCUGCAUGUCGCUCAUCUGGGUGGUGUUUGGCCAUGAGUAUAUGGUAGCGGUGCUGUUGCCCAAUGUGAAUCAAAUAACCAUUGCUAAUUGGAUGCAGUCGCCUUUUGCAAACUUUGCGCUGCAUGGUCCUUUCUCAGUGGACACCUUUUUCUUUCUGAGCGGACUGCUAGUGGUAAUGCUCGGAUUACGUGCCAUGCUGAAAGCCAAGGGAAAGCUGAAUAUACCUCUGAUGUAUUUGCAUCGAUAUCUGCGUCUUACUCCAGCUCUGGGCAUGGCCAUACUUGUUUACUGGAAGAUAUUGCCGUUGCUACUCGAUGGUCCUUUGGCUGAUGACGGCUUCGAAGACCACAAUCAUUGCAAGCGCACCUGGUUCUGGACACUGCUCUUUAUGCAGAAUUAUGCCACCAUGGACAUUUGUCUGGCUCAUAGCUGGUAUCUGGGCGUGGAUAUGCAGAUGUAUAUACUCUCACCGCUGCUCCUCUUGGCGCUCUACAAAUGGGGCAAACGUGCAUUCUAUGGCGCGACAGUGGUGUUGCUUCUACUAACGACUUGGCUGUUUGCAGCCAUGAUGGUCUUUAAAUAUUCCACGUUUUAUAAAAACUUUGAAGUCAUGGAAAUCUCCCAGCGCAGACUCUACUUCAACACUCACUUCCACUGCAUGCCUUGGAUUAUUGGCGCUCUCUUUGGCUACGUGUUGCAUGUGAAUCGUGGUAAAACCUUCAAGCUGCAACGUCUGGUCGUCUGGGCUGGGUGGCUGCUAGCACUUGCUAUAAUCUUCACCUGCAUCUUUGCCAUGCAGCCGUAUAACAAAUGGAGUGGCCCGGAGCUAACACAGCUGGAGGAUACGCUUUACUACACACUAACCCGCAUUGCUUGGCCCUUGGCGCUCUGCUGGAUUGUCUUUGCCUGCAUGCAGGGCUAUGGCGGCAUGGCCAACAGCUUUCUCUCCUCAGCGCUGUGGCAGCCACUGUCUCGACUCUCCUAUUCCGCCUACGUGUGGCAUUUGUUCAUACAGGAAUUAAAUAUUCGACGUACUCAGACCAAUACCUACUUCUCGGAUUAUGAAAUGAUGCUUAAGUUUUGGUCGGACUUUGGUUUCACCUUGCUCUUGGCCUAUGUCAUGUUUCUGCUUGUUGAGGCGCCUUUUGGAGCGUUGGAAGCUCUGAUCCUUGGAAGCCGCUCCAGUCAAACAAACAGUGCGACGAAGGCUGCAACUGUUCCGGAGACCUAUAAAAAAACUCAACUGGAGUGCACUGAACAUAAAGAAAGUGUAGAAAAAUCCACGUAAAGCCAAUUAUUUAUAUCUUAAAGCUUAUUUAUUAAUAC